AUGCUGCUCGUGGAGUUUCCGAGUGAAAUUCUGCUGGCCAUCUCCGAGUACCUGGAAUAUGAAUGCGACCUCAACGCGCUAUUCCAAGCCAGCCGCCGUCUCUACGCGGCAGUGAACCCGCUCCGGCCCUGGAAUGGGCCGCCGAGCAAAGCCAGCGUGCGCCGGUUGCUGGAAGCUGGCGUUCCACCCGGUACCACGCGUCACCAACUCUGGAUGCCCAUCGUGGUGACAGCGCGACGUGGACACGCAGAGAUCGUUCAGCAAUUCCUUGACCAUGGGGUCGACCCGAACCCGACAUCCGGCUUUUACAAGGACUGGGAGAAAGAAUGGUGGGAAGAAGGAUUUUAA